AUGAAAGAAGAACUUGAAGAUAAGACACCAAAUGAUGGAGAUGUUUUUGAUUUCAUAGUUGUGGGCGCGGGUAGUGCCGGUGCCGUUAUUGCUGCCAGAUUGAGUGAAAUACAGAACGUCACAGUUCUAUUGAUUGAAGCUGGCUCCUCAGAGAAUUAUGUUACUGACUUACCUUUGAUCGCUAUGUAUUUACAAUUAUUCGAGACGUUUAAUUGGAAUUACAAGAUUGAAAGCUCACCGAACUACUGUCGCGCGAUGCAUAAUAAUCAGUGCAAAAUGCCAAGGGGCAAAGUCAUGGGAGGAAGUAGCGUCCUCAAUUUUAUGAUAGAAACUCGUGGCAAUCGUCAGGACUAUGACGAUUGGGCAAAAAUGGGUUGCGAUGGCUGGUCCUGGAAAGACGUUAUGCCCAUAUUCAAGAAAAUGGAAAACUUUCAUGUGCAAGAUCCUAUUGUUGAUAAGGAAUAUCACAAUACUGGUGGACCGGUGAAUAUAGCUCGCUCGCCCUAUCACACGAUAUCCGCGGAUGCUUUUCUCCAAGCUGCAAGAGAACGAGGCUUUCCUAUAAUAGAUUACGAUGGAAAGGAACAAAUAGGAUAUUCAUAUACUUACGCGACCAUCAAAAAUGGUUCUAGAUUUAGUAGCAACAAAGCUUAUCUGUAUCCAGUAAAAGGUCGACCGAAUUUGUUUGUCACUAAAAAAAGUAUCGCACACAAGGUGCUGAUUAAUAACGCAAAUAGAGCUUUCGGAGUAUCUUUCACCAAAGAGAAGAAGAAAAUUAAGGUGCUGGCCAGAAAAGAAGUGAUCGUAUGUGCCGGAGCUAUUGACUCUCCGAAAUUAUUGAUGCUCUCCGGAAUUGGCCCCGCAAACCAUUUGAACGAUAUGAAUAUCAAAAUUAAAAAAGACGCACCAGUGGGAAAGAACUUGAUGGACCACAUAACGUACUGGGGCCUAAACUUUCUGGUUAACGAUUCGAUAACCGUCGUCACAUCAAAAAUUUUCGAUUUUAUGAGAAACAACGUUGUUCACGAUUAUCUUGUAAAACGCGAGGGUCCGUUAACCAUUACCGGGGGGAUAGAGGCCGCAGGCUUUAUAAACGUUGACGAUCCAACUGCUCGAGAAGGUUCGCCCAACAUUGAAUUACUAUUCGCCGGCAUAUCCGUAGGCUCGGAUCCACUAGCAUACAAGUCUCUCUCGAUCAAAAGUAAAUAUUACAAUGAUUACCUAGCAAAUAUGCUUAAUAAAGAGUCGUUUAUGAUAAUGCCGACUUUAUUGUCACCGAAAAGCCGAGGAAGUGUAGUUUUAAAAAGUAAAGAUCCAAUGGAGCCCCCUCUGAUAAAUCCGAAUUAUUUCGAUCACCCGGACGAUAUGAGAAGGCUCAUCUUAGGAAUUCGCGAAGCAUUACGAAUCAGUGAAACCCGCGCGAUGCAAAUGUACGAUGCGCACUUGCCCGACAAUUCUAUUCCCGGUUGCCAAGAUUUUUUAAAGGAUUCCGAUGCAUAUUGGGAAUGCGCCGCAAGAACUUUUGCAAGUACUCUCUAUCAUCCAUCGGGUACCUGUAAGAUGGGAGCGGAAAAUGAUAAUAGAGCAGUCGUUGGUCCAAGAUUAAAGGUAAUUGGUGUAAAUGGAUUACGAGUGGCCGAUGCAUCAAUUAUGCCGAAAAUCGUGGUUGGACAUACCAAUAUACCAACUAUGAUGAUUGGUGAAAAACUUGCUCGAAUGGUUAAAGAAGAUUGGGGAUUGAUCGUGAAGGAUAAGCUUACGGAAUAGUCAGAUUGUUUUCGUCGACGAACUUAAACGUCUUUUCCAGGCAUUUUAUCGAAGGUCUUUUU